AUGUCCCUUUCCGCUUUCACACCAGUUAUGACAAAAGGGUUUUUCCUUGUGGUUGAAGGCUCCAACGAAGUACCGAUAUCACGACACAAAUACAUGCAUACAGUUACACGACAAAGUUCGCCAUCUCAAGCGACUAAAAAUGACUUCAGCUCUCCUUGUAAACGAAGGAAAUGGGCUUUUGAGUUAAAAAAGCGAGCUGUUAAAUUAGCAAGAAAGAUGGGUGUAAACAACGCAAUUGAAUAUCUUUUGAUGGUUGACAAAAACUACUUGGGGCUUUCCCCUUCAACUCUUCAAUAUUGGCUUCUUCAAGCCGAAGGAACAAAAAAGGAGUUUUACAACUGA